AUGUUUCACAAUACAUUCCAAAGCGGGUUACUGUCAGUGUUGUACAGUAUUGGAAGUAAACCACUUCAAAUUUGGGAUAAGCAGGUCAAAAAUGGGCAUAUCAAAAGGAUAACCGAUGAAGAGAUUCAAAGUUUGGUUUUGGAAAUUAUGGGAGCAAAUGUCAGGUAAGCUAAAAAGAUUUGGGGGUUUUCGGGGCUGAGAAAUGUGAGAUACGAAUAUUCGGGAAAAUUUUAGAAACGGACCAGGGUGACCACAGUAAUCCUUGCAGUCUGGUAUAGAUCUAGGCUACAGUAAUCCUUGCAGUUUGAUUUGAAAAAUCCGACCAAUCCGGAAAAUCUUCUGAAUUUCUUAAUCAAACAAAAGUGACCACAGUAAUCCUUGAAUUUUUGAAUUACAGUAAUCUUUGCAGUCCGGAUUUUGAAAUCACAGCAUAUCUUGUAAUUCUUGAAGAACAGUAAUCUUGGCCUUGUUUUUCUAGAUAAAUCAAAAAUAUGUUUGUCUAAGUCUUUUGGGUUGAAUUUCCUUUAUUUUAGCCGCACUCCUAAUCCAUUUUUUUGCAGCACAUCUUUCAUUUCCUGUCCAAUCGAUCCAAAGAAAACACUUGGCAUAAAAUUGCCAUAUUUUGUAAUGGUCGUCAAAAACAUGAAGAAAUAUUUCACUUUUGAAGUUCAAAUUCUGGACGACAAAGGAAUCAAAAGACGUUUCAGAGCCUCUAAUUUCCAAAGUUCGACUAGAGUUAAGGUAAGUUACUUUUGAGUUCUAUGGAGAGUAGGAGAAAUCUAGAAAUUUUACAGCCGUUUAUUUGUACAAUGCCAAUGCGACUAGAUGAAGGAUGGAAUCAAAUUCAGUUCAAUUUAAGUGAUUUUGUGAAACGAGCAUAUGGAACAAAUUAUGUGGAAACUCUCAGAAUUCAGGUAAAUGAGUUUUGAUAUGUGAAUUUUUUCAAAAAAAAAAUCCGAAAAUUCUUGCAGAUCCAUGCAAAUUGUCGAAUCCGUCGUAUUUAUUUUGCCGAUCGACUUUAUACCGAAGACGAACUUCCAGCUGAAUUCAAACUAUAUCUUCCAAUUCGUGGAAGUUUAUCAGCAACACAACAACAGCCUCAAAUCUCACUAACUACUGAAUAA